CAGGCACUGGCAGGGCCUAGCAAGUUGCAACCGUAUCUAGCCCGGGAGUGCCUACCGAGCCGACUCCGGACCGCUUGCCCAAUCAUGCAGCCCUAAAUGUCCCGUACUUUUCGUGGCAGAGUAGACUGUGCGCGCGGCAAACUAGAAAGCGACUGUAUCAUCCGAUCAGAUCGACCGUUACCUCAGCGCACGCGCGGGAUCGGCCGCGACGCACUGCUUUGCUCUGCAGAUUCAAAGCAGGCUUGCUGUGCCUUUCCUUGCCCUCUUUCAGCUGCAUCUCUAGAGACAAGGGCUUCCUGAGGCCGCCCAUUAGUUGACGCUAAGAUGGCCGAGGAGAAGGCAGCGUCCACUAAGACCGCGGGGGGGCGGGAACACGUGCGGUUGUAUACCCGGGGGACCAUUUUGGGUCACAAGAGGGGCAAGUCCAACCAGCACCCUAGCACGUCGCUGGUCAAGAUCGAGGGCGUGCAGACCAAGGAGGAGGUCGAGUUCUACCUGGGCAAGAAGCUCGCGUACGUCUACCGGGUGGAGCGGUGUUGUGCGCGCCCAGUUCCGGAAGAACUUGCCGCCCAAGUCCUUCGGUGCCACAGUACGAGUGAUGCUCUAUCCCAGCAGAAUCUGAUUCCAGGUGUGAGUGAAAACAUCAUGUACAAUUGA